CGGCAAUUCAUUGCGCAAGGUUGAAAGGCAACGUCCACAAAAACAAACUAGAACAGCAAAAUUUUAAUCUGGUUUUGUUGAAUCAAGGAUGUCUGAUAUUGCGAUGCUGGUGGCAGAGGAGUAUGAGAGGAGGGUCAGCAUUUUAAGGAAGGCAAGCGCUGAUGCCUAUGGCGUUUCACAGGAGAGGAUCGAUGAAGGCGCUUCGGUUUUGGCUCAGAGGCUGAUGAAGCAGAAGAGAGAGCUCCUCAAGUGGGCCUGGGAGCCCAAAUCCCAAGUGGGCGUUGCUGCUUCUACCAGCUUCUUCUCUGCUUGACCCUCAUGCUUCCCCACCCAAAGUUCCUUCACUUCUUUCCUCUCUUUGAUUCUCCUUCUCCUUCUGUACACUCAUCGUUCUAUAUCCAUUCACUAAAAGGAACUCUGUGUUCUCGGCUCAUGAACAGUUCUCCACCAAUUAUUUGCUUCCCUUUCUCUCUUCUUAAGAGACAUCAAUUUCACGCUCACAACAUUAGUAAUUGGAACUGAGUUUUUCCGUAAACCCUGAAUUAUUUAAUAAUAUUUAAGAGCACCAACGUCGGAAGAUCUUCGGAGUCACCAGCUGUUUGAUGUCCCCGGGGUCGUCUUCCCACCAAGAACAGCCUUUAAGUUCUUCAGCACAUGAGAAGCUCGCAAUUUCAUUUUGGAAGAGCAGCACUCAACCCCCCCAGCGCAUUGCAAUUAAAAACGCAGAAGACGGAAAGUUUCGAUCAGUGAAGAGAGAACUAAAGUCAGCCGGGAUGAGAGCUUAACAAAUUUGUAGAAUAUGGAAUGUGCGAAUUUUAUUAUUAUUUUUUCAA